AUGCAAGUUGGCGUUCAGGACGAUGAGUCGAAACGUUGCACGUUCCCCGGCUGUGAGCAAGUAGACUUCCUCGCCGCGCGCUGUGGGCUCUGCGGUGGCAUGUUCUGCUGUGAACACACAGCGGCGAGCGCGCACAGCUGCCCCGCGUUCGAUAAGCGGUCGCUCCUGUGCCCCAUAUGUGGCCACCACGUUCCAUUGGAGCACAGCGGCCAGUCACCGGACGAGGCGGUCUCACGGCACAUUGACCGCGGCUGCUGCCCAGCGCCGUCACCGAAAGCGAGGAAGGAACGCAUGAACUACUGCAGCUAUGACGGUUGCACCAAGAAUGAUCCUGCAGCGGUAAUAUGUGAGAAUUGUAGAAAUAUGUACUGCAUCGAACACCGAGCACCCGCGCGUCACCGUUGUAGGGCGGCACGGAAAUUGCCUGUUGAAUCUCCACCGCCUCAAUCCCCCGGUUCGGUCUCCACUUGUGCUCAGAUGCAAUUAAAAAACAGUCCGUGCAACACGCCCAGUACGGCUUUUGGUAAAAAAACGGAAAAUAGCGUAACCCCGCUGAUUACUUUUGCCAAGGGACUUAGUAUUGCCCCGUUCUUCAUGCACUUCUCAAACCAGAUGGUGAUGGGCCGUUUGUUGGACCUUGCUGUCAGUCAGGCUGCCCUCGGGAGUGCCAACAUUAACUCGGCGAAGGGGAUGUGGGUGGUGCACGUGCUACAGGGACCGCGUUCUUCGAGGAAGUACUCACUCCAGGUGGCACGUCUCUCGGCGACGCUGCAAGAGACGGGUGUGAAAGACGGCACAGUUGUGUAUAUUGGGAAGGAGCAAAACGUACCAGAAAGUGUUCUCACGAUGCUUGUGUCUGCGCAAGAUAAAAACCAACGCAAGAAUCGUAAGAGCCAAGGCGAUUGCAUUCUGAUAUGA